AUGGUCGACCAGUUUGUUGGAACCUGGACUCUGUCCUCCAGCGAGAACUUCGAUGAUUACAUGAAAGCCAUUGGUGUGGGCUUCGCCACCCGGCAAAUGGGCAACAUGGUGAAACCCAACCUGGUGAUCAGCGUGGACGCUGGGGUUGUUUCAAUGAAGUCUGAGAGUACUUUCAAGACCACAGAGAUCAAGUUCAAGAUCGACGAAGAGUUCGACGAGACCACAGCCGACGGACGGCAGACAAAGACCACCAUCUCCUUUGACAAUGGCAAACUGGUGCAGAAACAGACGUGGGAUGGAAAGACUACAACCCUGGAGCGGGAGAUUCAAGAUGGAAAACUGACAGCUAAAUGCAUCAUGGAGGAUGUUGUUGCAGUGAGGACCUAUGAGAAGGUUUAAUUUGAGCCUGGACCUCCACUACCAAACACCAGAUGCACUGAGAUGAUGAAAUAAAGUCUGUUCUGUGAUACUUGU